CCUUCGCUAGCCUGUCCGUGGACUGAGUUUAGGUGGAAGGCGCUGGACCGAGGCGGGGUUCUCCCAGCUUGCAAGCCCCGCUGGCGGGGGAGGGAGGGAGUGAGGGCGGCACGCUUUCCUUCGCGCGCUACUUGGAGUCGCGUCCACACCACGCCAGAAAAACAAAAGGCAUCGGCCUCGCCAACGAAUGGGGUUGCUGGCACGCUGCAGAAACCCAAGCUGGGCGGAAAACGGAACCGGACCGAGUGCUGCACCUCCCUUGUUUGCGCCGAUCGCCCCCAGGGACCCUCGGUUGCUCUGCAAGGUCUCAGGAGGUGGCACUUCCUUCAUUCAGUCCCCUGCCUGCUCAGGAGUUUUGCAGCUCUGAUGGCUGCUAGCUGGUGAACUGGGAAAUCUUCAAAAGGAAGGAAUACUAAGUCCACCAAGCUGGAAGAGGACAUGCAAAAGAGUCGCAGUGUCCUUGCUGUGACUACAGAUGAGAAGCCCAAGGACACAUUGGACCCCAGCUGGUGCAGCCGUUCUUAUACCUCCUCCAGCAUGUUGGGCUCUGAUUUACGCCGGGGACGGAGACGCCUCUCAUCCAGCCUGCAGGUCCCUCCAUGGAAGCCCAUAGACAGGGCACGCUCACCAGAGCCAGACAACGUCCAAAGGCCAACCACUCUGCCACUACGCAUCCCUCCCCGAAUUUCUAUCACCCAUGCUGACCCAGACAGAAAGGAAACUAAAAGCCCUAGCUGGCCAUCACUGUGCCACCAUUAGAAGGAGGGACCUGGAGUUCAAGAUAGAGAAGGUAAGGGCAACUUUGCUAAUUUAAAUGAGUUCAGGGCUCCAGGGCCAGAUGCAUUACACUUUAGGGUACUGAAGUA